AGAAAAAAAGAGGGGAAGAAAAAGUCAAGAGAGAUGAAGAAGGUUUUGGGAGGAUUGAGAGAAAAAGAGAGCAGAACGAGGAUAGCCAAAACAAUAGAAAGAAAAAGCGAAAAGGGUUUUGGGUAGAGAAGCGUUGAGAGAAGUUGGCAUUGCCGCACAGCAAAAUAGAAAGGAUUGAAGGCAAAGAAAGCACGAGGAGAAGAAGAAAAAGUUAGAAGAAGGAAAGGAUAAGAAGAAGGGUUCGAUUUCUCGGUCUCUAUUUCCUGGAGAAGCUGCGGCAGACCAGCAACGGCACAGUGUCUUCAAUCGAGUUUUGCGACGAACCUUCACACAUCGUUUAGGAAAUGAGUAAGAAAGGGAAAGAAAGUUUGAUAGAGGGAGAUGCACAAUUUAAAUGGGAUAUUCAAACCACCAAAAUAUUCCUAGAUAUGCUGUAUGAGUGGAGAAAGAAAAAUGCUGGUCAAAUGAAGUGGGAUAAGAUUGCUGAUGAAUUUAAGGUUGUAAGUGGUAAAAAUUGUACCAUGCAAAAAUUGAAAACGAAGCACGACAACAUGAAACAGAAUUGGCAGUUGUUCAAUAGACUGAUGACUGUUGAGACAGGUUUGGGGUUCAAUUUUGAGACUGGAAAGGAUGAGGCCACUGAAGAUUGGUGGGCAGCUAGAAUUCAGGAGAAUAUCAACUUUAAGAAGUUUAAGAAUGGAGGCUUUCAACUCCGUGGGGAGCAAGACAAGCUUUGGGGGGGUAGCUCUGCCAAUGGUGAGAACUGUGUAUCUCCACAUAUCGUAUUAGACAAUGACUUCAUACAAUCAUUUGGAGCUGAUUGUUACACUCCAAGUCCAGUAGACUCAAGCUAUGAUGGGUUUGUUGAUGAGUUCUCCACUGGUUCAUCACCAGUGAAGGCUAGCACACCCACCCCUGGAUCUACUAAUACUGGGGGAAGAAGGAAGAGGAAGAGAAUGACACAAGAUACCAUAGAUCCUAAGUUUGACAAGUUGUGCCAGCAAUUGCAAAUGGUUUCUGAGAAGCAAUUUUCUUAUUUAUCUACAAAACAAGAAUAUUAUGAUGUGAAGAAAGAAGUUGCAAAGAAAGUUGAAAAUGUGCAUCCUAUCCCAGUUGUGCAACCUGUCCAGCCAUUGAUGCCCGUGGAUCCUUCAUAUGAUGCCUCUAUUAAGGCCCUGGUUGAUAUGAACAUAGCUGCUGAAAAUCCAGCACUAUUUUACUUUGUUGUCCAGCUGUUUAAUACCAACAGUCAGAGACAACUUUUCCUUGCAUUACCAGAGAGCGCACGACUUGGUUAUAUUGAGCUACUAUUCAAGCAGCAUGAUGGAAAAGCUCCAAUUGGAUGA